AUGGCCGACCCGCGAGCAUUACUCCAAAAGGCCGACAAGGCCGCACAAGGUGCCACUGGCGGCUUCAGUCUCUUUGGUGGGCGGACCGAGAAAUGGGAAAAUGCUGCUGAUCUCUUCACACAAGCCGCAAAUGCCUUUCGGGUACAAAAGCAGAAUCAUGAGGCUGGUCAAGCAUUUGAAAAGGCCGCAAAUAUCCAGCAAACGAAACUCAACGAGCCAGACGACAUGGCCAAUACUUUGACCGAAGCAUUCAAAGUCUACCGUAAGGACUCACCCCAGGAUGCCGCCCGUGUCCUCACAACCGCCAUCGGGCAUUACACAUCGAAGGGGAAUUUUCGAAGAGCAGCCACGCAUCAACAAAACCUAGCAGAAGUUUAUGAGAUGGAGAUUGGCGACCAGAAGAAAGCCCUCCAGGCAUACGAAACUGCCGCACAAUGGUACGAGUCCGAUAACGCCGAGGCUCUUGCCAAUAAGCUGUACCUGAAAGUCGCCGACCUCGCAGCACUAGAGGGUGACUACCAGAAUGCAAUCAAUAAACUCGAAACGGUUGCCAAAACAAGUUUGAACAACAACCUCAUGCGUUGGAGCGUUAAGGACUACUUCCUCAAGGCAGGUAUCUGCCACUUGGCCGCAGGGGAUCAGGUAGCGACCCGACGCGCACUCGACCAAUAUCGGGAGUUGGACAAUUCCUUUGCCAGCACGCGGGAAAAUAUGCUCCUGACGGAUUUGGUAGGCUGUGUCGAGGAAGGCGACCAGGAAGGCUUUGCGGAUAAAUUAUACCAGUUCGAUCAGCUGAGUAAACUGGACAAGUGGAAGACUACGCUCCUCCUCAGAGUGAAAAACAAGAUUGAAAACACGGAAGAGGACUUUUCAUAA